CCCAAUUUCAUUUCAUUGCCUUUUCCAAUUACUGAAACUCCACUUCUCUCUCUCUCUCUCUCUCUCCAUUUUCUUACUACUGUUUCUUUCUGUGGCUUCACUAUGAUGAGCCGUUACAUCUCCAAACUCACCACCUCUGCUCACCGCUUCAGAAAGUUUACUCCUUUAUUCGUUGGGGUUGGAAAUGGAUCAAACUCAACUUCCAAAAUUGUUGAGGAUGAAGGUUUAUGCAGCAGUAGUAGCAGUAAUAAUCAGAUGAGUUGGAUAAAGUGGUAUGGGACUUGUAUAGCUAAAUUGCCAGAAGAUGUUAGUAAGGAUGAUAACCCUGUUUCUCAAAUGUUAGUUGAUUCAUUUGGGAGGUUGCAUACUUACCUGAGAAUCUCAUUAACCGAACGUUGCAAUUUGAGAUGUCAAUACUGUAUGCCAGCAGAGGGUGUGGACCUUACUUCGAAACCUCAGCUUCUGACUCGGGAUGAGAUUCUUCGCCUGGCGAAUCUUUUCGUAAGUUCUGGAGUUAAUAAGAUCAGAUUGACUGGGGGUGAGCCGACGAUUAGGAAAGACAUUGAAGAUAUUUGUUUAGGCUUGUCUAACAUGAAAGGACUAAAGAAGCUUGGGAUUACUACCAAUGGAAUUACUCUUUCGACGAAACUUCCUAAGCUUAAACAAUGUGGUUUGACAUCUUUGAACAUUAGUUUAGAUACAUUAAUCCCUGCAAAGUUUGAAUUUAUGACCAGGCGAAAAGGGCAUCACAGGGUUUUAGAUUCUAUCAAUACUGCUAUUGAACUUGGUUACGAUCCUGUUAAAGUGAAUUGUGUAGUGAUGCGGGGUUUCAACGAUGAUGAGAUUUGUGAUUUCGUUGAGCUUACUCGUGAAAAACCAAUUAACAUUCGGUUCAUUGAGUUCAUGCCUUUUGAUGGAAAUGUUUGGAAUGUGAAAAAACUUGUACCGUAUGCAGAAAUGUACGAUAAAGUGGAAAAACAAUUUCCAAGUAUAAAAAGGCUUCAAGAUCAUCCAACCGAGACAGCUAAAAACUUUAAAGUAGACGGACACAAGGGUGUCGUUUCGUUCAUCACAUCAAUGACCGAGCAUUUUUGUGCUGGUUGCAAUAGGUUGCGAAUUUUAGCUGAUGGAAAUUUCAAAGUGUGCUUAUUUGGUCCCUCAGAGGUUAGCUUACGAGAUCCCAUUCGAAGUGGUGCUAAUGACGAUGAACUUAGGGAAAUAAUUGAGGCAGCGGUAGGUGUUUUACUCGGUCUCUUCACUUUUCUAUCCAUAUUUUUAUUUCCUCUUGCCCUUGUUUCUUUCUGUACCGAACAUGGGGCUUAUUGCCCACAUCCCGAACUGUUAAUUAUUGUGUUUUGUUUUGUCCCGUCUUUUUAAACUGAUUGUUGCUUUAGGUGAAGAGGAAGAAAGCCUCACAUGCUGGAAUGUUUGACAUUGCCAAGACAGCAAAUAGGCCUAUGAUACAUAUCGGUGGCUAAACCUUUGAUGCCUUUCGAAAAUUUUGAAGGUGCCAUUCUCUCUUUCUAGUCUUGACUGUGUAGCCCUUUAGUUUCUUUCUGAAUAUGUCUGUGGAACACUAAUGGUGUCCAACACCAACUGAUGCGACAUACAAUGAUGUCCAAUAUCAUGCACCGAUCAUUAUAUGGCGCAUCAAGUUGACUUAGGUAACCAUACUUUUCUGCAAUUUAGCAGUGAAUUCAGUUAAAUCGAGGCUGGACUCGAGAAACAUGCAUGAAGCUGUUGGUUCACAUUGGUGUUGUUUGGUUAAUUGGUGUCUUUCGGGUGCAUAUUUUUGUUGAAUCAGAUACACUCGGGAAGUGAGAGCCGCCAUGCCAAACUCCAGCAAAAGAAUACUCAGUGCUUUCAGUUUGUUCUUUUUACUUUUCUAAAUCUCAACAUAGUUAAAUCUUGUUAUUUGUUUGUUUAUUUCACUCAAUUAAGAAAAGGACAUUGUUGAAAAAUAUUAUACUAGAAUAAUUGAAGUAAUACUAAUAAUGAUUGCACUAGAGAAUAGAGAUGUCAAAAAAAUUGGCUAUGCACUCAUUUUAACAAUUCUUUACUAUUGUUUUGGUU